AUGAGUCGAGACGACCGGGCGAGGGCUCUCCUCGCCUUCGGCAAAUCCUUCAAAAAGACAUCAAUCCUGGACACGGAGACCGGGACGGCGGCCAAUGCCUUCUACCGUAGCAUCGAUGCGAUGCCGAAUAUGAAUGUAGCCCGAAUGAAGACGACCGUACCCCUCGUCUCCGAGCUGACACCCACGUGGUGCUAUGAAUGCGAGGGACUGCUGUGGGGAUUGGCACGACAAGGUCUCCGAUGUACGGAAUGUGGGGUGAAGGUGCACGAGAAAUGUCGAGAGUUGUUGUCGGCCGAUUGUCUGCAGCGAGCCGCCGAAAAAUCCUCAAAACACGGUGAAGGGGACCGGACGCAGAGUCUGAUAGCCGGUAUCAAGGAUCGCAUGAAAAUCCAGGAGCGAAAUCGACCCGAACUUUUCGAGACGAUCAGAAUCGUAUUCGGCGUCGACGAGCGCACCAACCAGGAAACGAUGAAGCAAGUGAAAGCCGCCGUUCUGGAGGGGAGCAGCAAGUGGAGCGCCAAGAUUACUUUAACAGUAAUCUGCGCCCAGGGGCUGAUCGCCAAGGACAAGACCGGCAAGAGUGACCCGUAUGUGACGGCACAGGUCGGAAAAGUACGCCGAAGAACCCGAACGAUCCACCAAGAACUCAACCCCGUUUGGAGCGAGAAAUUUUUCUUUGAAUGCCACAACUCGACGGAUCGCAUCAAAAUCCGCGUCUGGGAUGAGGACAAUGAUUUGAAGAGCAAGUUGAGACAGAAAUUGACGCGGGAAAGCGACGACUUUCUGGGGCAGACGGUCAUCGAGGUGCGAACACUAUCCGGAGAGAUGGACGUCUGGUACAAUUUGGAAAAGCGCACGGACAAAUCGGCCGUUUCCGGAGCGAUCCGGUUGCACAUCUCGGUGGAGAUCAAGGGAGAGGAGAAAUUGGCGCCCUACCACGUCCAAUACACCUGUCUUCACGAACAUUUGUUUUCGAACCACUGUACCGACAACGACGAGGUCCGAUUGCCCGAUGCAAAAGGGGAAGACGCCUGGAAGAUCUUCUUCGACGAGACGAGCCAGGAGAUCAUCGACGAGUUCGCGAUGCGAUACGGCAUUGAGGGAAUUUAUCAGGCGAUGACCCACUUUGCGUGUCUGUGCACAAAAUACAUGUGUGGAUCGGUGCCGGCCGUACUUUCGACGUUGCUCGCCAAUAUUAAUGCCUUUUACGCGCACACAACGGCCCAAUCGGCCGUGUCGGCAUCGGAUCGGUUCUCGGCGACGAAUUUUGGGAAGGAGCGUUUCGUUCGACUUCUCGACCAGCUGCACAACUCGCUGCGCAUCGAUUUGUCAAUGUAUAGGAGUAAUUUCCCCGCCUCAUCCUCGCAGAAGCUCCAGGAUCUGCGGAGCACCGUCGACCUGCUUACCUCGAUCACCUUCUUUCGCAUGAAAGUGCUCGAGCUGUCCUCACCACCGCGAGCCUCGAACGUAGUGAAGGAAUGCGCGAAGGCGUGUAUGCAGGCCACAUAUCAAAUGCUAUUCGAGAGAUGCUGCGAGACGGGAUGUCCGUCUGUCGACUCUGUCCAAUUUUGGUACAAUUUCAUCGAUGAGUUGAUGCGGACCAUCGAGGAGGACCAGCAGGAUUACACGCCCGCCCUCAAUCAAUUCCCGCAGGAAUUAAACGUGGGCCAAUUAUCAGCGGCGACCCUGUGGUACUCGUACAAAAUGGACCUCCAAAUAGCGCUUGAAGAACAUGCCGAAAAGAAACGAUGCCAGACACCCGACUAUAUGAAUCUCUACUUCAAAGUCAAAGGCUUCUACUUCAAAUAUAUCGCCGAGCUGCCGCAGUACAAACAGUCCAUUCCCGAGUUCCCCGCGUGGUUCAUCCCAUUCGUGAUGGAUUGGCUGAACGAAAACGACGAGCACUCGAUGGAGAUCCUGAGAAAUGCCUAUAAUCGCGACAAAGCCGACCACUUCCCACAAACCUCCGACCAUACAAAGUUCUCCAACUCGGUCGUCGACGUCUUCACCCAGCUGAACGAAGCAUUGAAGCUGUUGAAGCAGAUGGACUGCCCUAAUCCGGAAGUAUACGCGGAGAUGAUGCGACGAUUCUCGAAGACGCUCAAUAAGGUGCUGCUCGCCUACGCGGACAUGGUCCAAAAAGAUUUCGCCGUGUUCGCCAAGGAGGAGACGAUGGCGUGCAUUUUGAUGAACAACGUCCAGCAAUUACGAGUACAACUCGAGAAGAUCUACGAGAAUAUGGGCGGCGCCGAGCUGGACCAGGAGGCAAGCCAGGUGCUGACCAACCUGCAGAAGAAGCUGAAUUCGGUGCUCGACAAGCUCAGUCGAAUGUUCGCCAUCAGCUUGGAGCGCGGUAUCGACGGGCAGAUGAACGAGCUCGGCACCCGUCUCGCCAAGGUCAAGGGCCCGCAGCUGCAGAAGACGCAAGUUCAACAGGAAGUGGACAUGGUGUUGGCGCCGUUGAUGGAUAUGCUGGAGGGAUCGCUACAACGAUAUGCUCAAGGAUGCGAAAAGACUGUACUGAAAUAUCUACUAAAGGAACUGUGGCGAAUGACAAUCCAGGGUAUGGAACGAAUCGUCGUGUUGCCACCUUUGGCAGAUAAGAAUGCGAUCCUGCGCCAACUACCCAACGCCAAAAUCGGCGGCGCAAUGAAGCUGGCAUCUACGUUGAAGGAUGUAAAGAGUAUGAAUUCGGUGAAGGAAAUGAUGGACCUUGCCCGAGACUCGGAACGUGCCCUAACCCCGAAGCAGUGCACAGUACUCGACGCGGCCCUCGACGUCAUCAAGGAGUCGUUCCACGCCGGAGGGAUGGGACUGAAGAAGGGAUUCUUCGAGAAGAGCCCCGAGUUGCAAUCCCUGAAAUAUGCUCUCUCACUGUACACCCAGACCACCGAGCAGCUCAUCAAGACGUUCAUCAGGACGCAGACCUCGCAGGAUCUGCCCUCGCAAGAGCAACCGGUCGGCGAGAUAUCCGUCACGGUCGACCUGUUCAGCCAUCCGGCCACCGGCGAGCAGAAGUUGACGAUAAAAAUUUAUGCUGCCAACGAUUUGCGCUGGCAGACGACGUCCGUCUUUAAGCCGUUCGUCGAGGUGCACCUCGUGGGUCCGCAUUUGGCCGAUAAAAAGCGGCGCGUCGCCACGAAGUCACGCCAAGGCGAAUGGGCGCCAAAGUUCAACGAGACUUUCCAUAUGUUCCUGGGCAACGAGGGCGAACCCGAGCACUACGAGCUGAUGUUCCAGGUGAAAGAUUACUGCCUGAUGCGCGAGGAUCGAAUCGUGGGCGUUGGCGUGCUGCAGCUGGCGCAAGUUGUUGAAGCCGGCGGAUCGUUGAACCAAUGGGUCCAGCUGGGCGCCCGGCUUCAUAUUGAUGACACGGGGCUCAUCCUGCUGCGCAUCCUGUCCCAAAGGCAGAAUGAUGAGGUGGCCAAGGAAUUCGUGAAGCUGAAGUCAGAAUGCCGCUAUGAGACCGAGGGCACAAUGCAAGCAUCCGCUUCAUCCCACACCAUCAAUCGG